AAGUCAAAAUUCAUCUUUUUUUCAGGGCACAGAGAUCUGUUAGAUUUUCACUCAAAAAAUACACCAUGGUAGACGUUUAGGAAGAACUUUAUUUUAACAUAGUGCGGCGUCUCCCGGUGUUCUUUUUAAGAAACUGAAAACCCGAGAUUUCUACGACUUUUCGUUCGAAACCUAAGUAGUAGUGGACGUUUUGGGCCAAUUCCUGCUUCAGUAGAAUUGCAGAAAAAAUAAUAAUACAACUCAUCAUAAUACACUUGAAUACUGAAAUGCUUCGCUUAUCUGUCAUACAUUGAUGCUUAUUCGAUCUUUUUUUGUUUUCAUAUUGGUCUCUCUCGGAUUUUGUUUCUUAGACGAUCAGAUCUAGUUGAUAACAUAAAAUAUUUGGAGUAGAGUGAGUUUAAUUACUAAGAAAAUCUUAACUAGUUUUCUAUGGAAUAAGACUGCAGGUUUUUGCUUACCCGCAAAACAUCUUAGCGGAUUUAGUUUCAUGUAAAGUUAAUUACAUUAAAAUUUUUUUAUUACUUUUGUGAUUUAAACUUUGAUAAUAAUGUUAUUAGAAAAUAUAUGAUUUCAUAUUUUUGAUUUAGUUUUUAUUUUGAAUCCUUGAAUCUCAUUACUAAAGCAUAGAAUUCAACCAAUUACAGAACAUGAUCUAAAAACCUUGAAAAUCUGUAUUUUUUAUGCUGCUAGAGAUCAUUUUCUGUAACAUAAACAUAUCCAAAAUAGUUAUAUCUUAAUCUCCGACCUAAACUGAUAAGCUUUUUCUGUUAGAUCAUGGAUCGAAACUCGUUGUCCCCUCCUUUGGAUUUAUUAUUCUCUGAUCACUUAUUUAGAAAUAAGGAAAUCUACGAAUCCAGCUGCAUAACAUUAUUCAUUCCCUCAUAGGUAAUCCAUUACUUUGGCUUGAAGUAGCAUCCAAAAUAAAAGCAAAUGUUACUGGUUCACCUAAUUUUGGAUUAGAUUUAUGUGUAAAAAAAUAUGAUACGAAACGUACCGAAAAAUUAGAAUUAAGUUCAAUUCGAUAUUUAAUAUGUGGUUCAGAAUCAAUUCGCCAGCCCACCAUAAAGGCAUGUGAAUACAUAUUCCAACCACAGUUUUGAUCCAUGUGCAUUAGUGACGAAGCGAUAACGAGUUAACAUCGAGAUUUUUCUUUUAAAAAUGAAAUACAAGCUUUUCCGAUGAAUUUUGUAACAUACCUGUAUGCAGAGUAUGGUGAUAUUUAAGAAUAGUGAGCUAUAAAGUCAUCGUUUAGACAGA